AUGUCAAUUGGUCUUGCGCAUGUCGCAUACUCUGCAAUCGCACGAGACAGCGAUGUCGAUCCUCCUACGAUGCACAACGACGGCCAGUUGAUGCCAAGCUCAAGCUCAACCAGUGGUGGUAAGAUCAUGGUGUUGGGGAAAGUACACGUCUAA